AUAAUUUGUAUUCCCAAUAUACACGCAUCAGCACUAAUAUCUACAUACUAAGGAAUAAAAAUACAAAAGAGGGAAAUAGAUGGAGAAAAGGUGAGAAAGCUGCGAACACAAUGCAUCACCCUAUUGAAUUUUCGCUAUGCACUCGGGUCCUGACUAACAGGAAAUAUCCUCACUUUGCAACUGUUGAAUCCCGAUGUUCGAUUGUGCGGCUCGUCCUGUGGGCUGGUAAUACAUCUAUCACACUCAUAAGCGCUGUCUGUGUGCGGGCCGAUUAACCAUUAGUUUUGAGGUUUGUUUUCCUCUUAUAGUAGCCGCUGCCCCGAUCUGAUCAGCAGCUCCUUUUAUAUACAGGUGCUCAGCUAUUUGAGUGUCAGUAAACUAGACAAUUCAAAACUUGACACCACCUGUGUGACAAGUUUUGUUCUAGAGAGCUGUUC